AUGGUCUCUUCCGGUCCUCUCGCCGGAGUCAUAUCUCCUGAGCUCUGCUGGUCGGCGCACGGCAACGAGUUGCGCGUUCACAGCACCGCCCGUCUCGAGCCGCACGCGGGGCACAAGACCACUGGCCUGCCCGUACAGGCCCUCUUUCGCUUCCUCUCGGAGCCGGAACGGGAACGGGAACGAGGACCAGUUCGCGGAACGGUCCUGCUCCCGCAGAACAAGCGGGCGAAGCCUCUGCAGCCUCAGAAUCUUGCCCUGGGCUCGGGAGCCAUGGGCCAAAGCGUCUGCGUGACAGAUUCUACGUCUGUCAUCACGAGCACGACAGGUGCUGCCACAAGAAUAGCAUCAAAACCCGGUACAACGGGCUCUCCCAAGGACGCGGCGGACAUUUCUCCUCAACCGGGAAAUGGGCAACUCGUCUCGGCGGGAUCGCCGCCGGUUGGCGGGGGAUCGAGGCGUGGUUCUCCUACCUUUUCUCGCGUUGGGAGUGGCAGUUUCCCGAGGAAACGCGGCGGGGCCUCCAGAAAUGCGGCGGGAAAGCUGUCGGUUCGUGCCGUGGAGGCGUUCGAGCUGAGGGACGGCCGGACAGUCCUGGUGUGCCUUGCUUCUGAGCGCGAACUUCCUUCGGAGGUCCACUGCGUCGACCCCUUCUCGGGAGAAACCCUCCACGUGGCCACCGGACUGCCCAUCCUUCUCACCAGCCUGGCGGUAGUGCCCCGGCUAGCGCUCCCCAGCCAAGGCCGUCAUUGCCGUUCGCGUCAAGAAGGGGGCGGGGGCGGAGGCGCGACUCGGUCAAGCUUGGGAGGGGACGCCGGGCUGUCGUCGUCGGCAGCAGCAGUAGCAGCAGCAGCAGCAAGCGGAUCGCACGGGGCUUGGACAGACGCCGCCGCCGCCGCUGCCGCCGCAGGGGAUGACUACUGGGAUGACGCGGAAGAGGUUGUGGUCGCCGUAGGGGGGGUGGGAGGCCGGGUCACGCUGCUUGCGCUGCAGGAGCAACAAGAGCACGGUGGGAAAAGGGGCAGAGACAGCAGCAGCAUCCGGAGGUGCCCCUUCCGCAGUUGGCCGGCACGGGAGGAAGGGUUCGGCGGCGUACCGUCCGAGCGAGAGGGAGUUCCAAUAACGUCCAUGUCGGCGUUCUCGGUGGCGGUCGUUGCCGGGGACGGGGAGGACCUUGUGCCUCCAGGCCGUGGCAUUGUCGUUGUGGCGAUGGUGGCGGCCGGUUGGAGCGACGGGAGCUGGGCGGUGGCGCCGUGCUGCUACUCACGGCACGACAGCAGUUGCGGACGGAUUGACGUCGGUUCGAGUGCGGUGGAGGGGAUUGGGGACGCGUGGGCGGAGGCGUGUUCGCCAGAGUCGGGGGACCUGGCGACCGGCGACACCGGCGGUUUGGGCCCCGCUCUACAUUUCGUGUGCCAGGAUAACACGGUGCCAAGCACCCUGUCGCCCGCAGGGGAGCCGUGCACGAAGCUUCGACUGUGGGUCACCACGGCUUCGGGUUUCCUAUGCUUCGAGAUAUUGCUGGCGGGCGGGUGUUUUUCUUGGCCUCAGGCUCUGCCUCCUCUAGUUACCCGGCAGAGGCCGCUCAUUCCGGGGGUCCGUCCCCAAAGCCUCCGGGCCAUGGCCGUCGGCGGCGGCCGCUCGCUACCGGUCAUGAUCCUCGCCUCCUUCCGCCCCUCGGACGGCUCGCCGGUCCUGAUCGUCCUGGACACAGACGCCGCUCUCGCCGCGGCCACCGUCGCAACCGCCACGGCUGCUGCUGCUGCUGCUGCUGCUGCUGCUGCCGGUUUCGCGACGAAGGGGGAGAGCGGGAAGAACCCGGAGCCUCUUUGGUCCUCCUCGACGGGGGGGGCCGUUGAUGGUCGUGGUGGUCGUGGUGGUGGUCUCCAGGAUGGAGGAGGGGGGGUGGUGAUCUCGGGGGAGCGGGGGGACGAGCACGAGGUGGAGCUUGCGACGAGGUGCUGCAGCAAGAGCGUGUUCCCGGCGAGGCCGCACGCCGUGUUCGUGGACCCUGCCGAGGUUAAGGCGUUCGUGUGCCGACGACGGAGGCGGCGUUGGCGCUGCGGGGAUGAUUGUGUUGUUGUUGUGCCCGGCUCGUCAGCGCUUGCACCGCCGCUCUCAGCUCCAUCACCACCGGACAAGGACAAGCUACAUCUCAAAUUUCCCGUCAUCCUGGCGGAGGCCUCGCUGGACGAGACCGGCCGGCCGAGACUUCGCGCCUGGGAGCAGUCGCACGCGGGGUUGGCGCACAAGGUGGCCGUGGACGCGGAGGUGCUAGGCCUUCUCGGCUACUGCGAUCCCUCCGAGGAAGACUUGGACGCCGACACCGCGCACGACAUCACGGCCGUGGGAGAGGCCUCGCUGGACCACGUUGUGGGCGGACCGGACAACCUCUGGGCCCGUCCCUUCUUUGAGACGAAAGACGGCAACGGCGAGCACCACUCGGCGGCGGUGGCGGGAGCGGCGCCGUCGCCGCUGAUGCUGCUGGCGGCCCGCCUGCAGGGCGCGGUGGCACUGGGGAGGGGGCCCGCGGUUGCGAGGUCGUUGACGGCGGUCGUUCUCCCGCGGGGGGGAGAGUGGAUGCUGCCGCGCGCUCGCCCGGUGCAGGAGUGGGCCGCCGCGGUGGCCCUGGAAGCGUGGGACGAAGCUAGCUCUCUGACGGCGGCCCUGCAUGCGCCGCCGGGCGCGUCUUGGCCGUCAGCGCCGUGGCUGGAUGACGUGGCGGUGACGCUUGAAGCCCUGGCAAGGCGAUCUCGGCAGGCGGAGCGUAUCCUGGAGGCCUCGAUCGAACGCUGCCGACAGUACUGCAAGGCGGCCAAUGCCUCUUGCCCGGAACCGGUCCCGGUCGGCGUCCUUCGGCUUCGGCGGCGGCGUCCGAACUCAGCCGCGACGCAGCGGCUCGAGGCCGCCAGGGUGGCGGAAACGGCCCCACUCCUCUCCCGGCUGCGCCGCGCCGCUCUGGCCGCCCGCUUGGCGCGUCAGGUGUCUUCUGCCGCAGCGUGGAUACUGGUGUCGGGACUGGGACGGCCUCCGGCGGCGGCCUCAGUGAGGAUAGCGGAGCCAAGUGCGACGGCCGGCAGGGAGAAGGAGUCAAGUCCUACUGUAGCCGGGUCUUUGCCGGGGUUGGUGCGACCGACCCCGGUACACGCGGCGGCGGCGGCGGCGGCGGCGGCGGCGGUUGUCGCGCCGACGGUAAGACUGCUCGAGCGCCUAAGGGAAAGAGGCGGUCUACCGGCGAGGGCGGGGGUUCGACGACAGGACAAAGCUCCCCGGCGGCGGUGCUCAAAGGCGGAUGAGAACUUUGUCGUCGGUUCUGGCGUCACCGCUGGCGACCGCACCGGCGUCCGGGAGUUUUGUCCUUCCGGUGGCGGCGCCGGCGCGCCGUUGGCGGUCCUGUCAGAGAUGAACUCCUUCCUGCGAAGCGUUUUCGUCGCCGCCGGCGAGGAGGGUUUCGAAGACGUUGAUAGGGUGCUGGGGUCUGUGGUGGGAGGGGGGGCAGAGAAGCUGGGCGAGGCCCUCGGGUCGUUGCUUGAGCGGGGGCUGGGUGUGGUGGCGUACAGCGUGAUGGACACGGCGUUCUCGAGAGGCUUGUCGUCACGCGCGGCAACAGGUGGUACCCUUUCGAUUGAUCACGCCCGGGAACCGGACCAAGAGGCACAGGAGCGAGCCAUUCUCGGCACCGCGGAAACGGUUUUCGACCGUUUCUGCGAGCAGGUUCGCCUUACUCCGGAGGUCCGCAUCCAGGCGCGACUCUCCUGGCUCCUCGACAGCGGGGCUCCCGGUAAGGCCGGAAGCAGCGUGCCGGCGUCGUCCUGCUCCGUGUGCGUGUCCACCGCCGCCGCCGCCCUCCUCUGCCCCAAGGCCUCGGCUUGCCUUGCGGCGGACUCAGACCUCCUGGCUAUGGCGGGCGCGGUGCUCGCGACACACGGCAGUAGCCGUGGGGCCGCGGCGGCGGCGGCGGCGGCGGCAGCGGCAAUGGUGGCGGAGGUGUAGCCAAGUCGGGGCGUCGUCCACCCGCCGCUUUCCUGCCCUUGGCGGAGGAGCUCUUGAGGGCCGCGGGAGGGCCGGCGAGGGAUCGGCUACGUGAAAGGGUUCGCAACGUCGAGGAGGGCGGCUCGGGACCCCUGUUGUUCGCAGGGGGGAUUGCCGACGAAGGAGCUCGUCUAACGGUACCACCUGCGUGCCGUAGAGGCGGCGAAGCAGACAGUACCGGUGGCGAGCCCGUGCCGGACUUGGGGAAUGUGCAACAGACGGCGUCGGACGCGAAGCAGCAGCAGCA